ACUUACCUACUAUACACAUUUAUCAAUGGCUUCUUGUUUCUUUCUUUUGCUCACCUUCCUCAUCUCAUCUACAACUAUCUGCAUCUCCCUAACCCUGCCUCCCAAGCCAUACAUUGUAUACAUGGGUGGUCCAGCAAACAACAGUGGAUAUAAUGCUGAAAUGUUUUCAGAGUAUUCCCAUCUCCAGAUAUUGUCCUCUGUAAUACCAAGAGAGGAGAGUGAUCGAGUAUCAAUUCAACAAUCGUACUAUCAUGCUUUUAGGGGAUUUGCUGCCAUGCUUACCCGUGAAGAAGCGUAUGCUUUAUCCUGUCAUAGUGAAGUGAUAUCUGUGUUUCCCGAUACGACUCUUCAACUCCACACAACUCGGUCUUGGGAUUUUUUGGGAAUGGAAUCCCUUAAAUCAUCUCACUAUUAUAAAAAUUUGUCAAGUGAUAUCAUUGUUGGAGUGAUUGAUACAGGCAUAUGGCCAGAGUCACCUAGUUUCAAUGAUGAAGGUAUUGGGGAAAUUCCUGCAAGGUGGAAAGGAGUUUGUAUGGAAGGUUUUGCCUUCACAAAAUCAAGCUGUAACAGGAAAUUAAUAGGUGCUAGAUUCUACAACAACCUUGAGGAGAUUAACAAUGAGAAACCAAGUGGUAAUGGCAAAUCGAAAGCCUCACCGAGAGAUUCUGUUGGCCAUGGAACUCACACUGCAUCAAUCGCUGCCGGAGCCGCCGUCGGCAACGCUAAUUAUUUUGGGCUGGCAAAUGGAACCGCGAGGGGAGGGCUAACCUCUGCGAGAAUAGCAACCUACAAGGCGUGCGUAGAUGGAGGUUGUUCUGGCGCUACUAUACUCAAGGCAAUCGACGAUGCAGUUAAGGAUGGAGUCGACGUCAUCUCCAUUUCGAUCGGGAUGACUUCUGGAUUCCAGACUGACUUCCUGGCCGACCCUAUCGCCAUUGGAGCCUUCCACGCCGCACAGAGAGGCGUCGCGGUGGUCUGUUCCGCCGGAAACGAUGGACCGGAUCCCUAUACCGUCACCAACACCGCCCCCUGGAUCUUCACCGUCGCGGCUUCUACGAUCGAUCGGAAAUUCGAAUCCACCGUGGUCCUCGGAAACGAAAUGUCUUUUAAGGGAGCCGCCAUUAGUUUCUCGCUUUCUAGUCAUCCUAAUAGCUUCCCUCUCGUGUUUGCGGAAAAUGUUGCUAGGGAUCCCACCUUAGCUUCCGACGCUAGGAACUGUGCUCCGGGAACACUUGACGCAGAGAAAGUCGCCGGAAAAAUAAUCGUUUGUAUGAAUAACGUUCUGGGCGUCUCCAGAUCAAUCAAGAAGCUAGUUGUGGAAGAUGCUGGCGCAAAAGGUCUAAUUUUAAUCGACGACAAAGAAAAGAUUAAUCCAUAUGAUUCAGGACCAUACCCUUUUGCAGAAGUUGGAAAUGGUUUUGGUGUUCAGAUCUUGAAGUACAUUAAUUCCACCAAGCACCCAAUUGCAACAAUAUUUCCAGCAAAAGAAGUUCAGAACAUCAAGCAGGCUCCAGUAGUUGCAGACUUUUCUUCAAGAGGUCCUGCAGGGCUCACAGAAGACAUUCUUAAGCCUGACAUAAUGGCUCCUGGUGUUGCGAUUCUAGCUGCAACGAUCCCUGAUGAUACCUUAACUUCCACGAGGCCAUCGUUCUUCAGCAUCACAUCCGGGACAUCUAUGGCCUGCCCACAUGUUGCAGGCGCCGUGGCAUUCAUCAAAUCAGUACACCCCGAAUGGAGCUCAUCAAUGAUCAAAUCUGCAAUUAUGACAACAGCAUCAAUAUCAAGCAACACUGGAAAUCCCCUGACAAAUUCUUCAAACUUCCAAGCAAAUCCACAUGAAAUGGGUGCUGGGGAGAUCAACCCAAUCCAAGCUCUUGAUCCCGGCUUGGUAUUCGAAACCAGAAACAGUGAUUACCUCUACUUUCUAUGCUAUUAUGGCUACAAAGAGAAGAUCAUCAGAGCAAUAUCCAAGACAACGUUCGAGUGCCCAACCAACGGUACCAGGAAACACAUAUCAAACAUAAAUUUCCCUUCAAUCUCCAUUGGCAAACUAGAAGGUGUCACAACUGUCAAGAGAGUCGCCACCAACGUUGGCCCUGCAAAUGCUGCAUAUGUUUCGUCCAUUGUCGCUCCAAAGGGUUUGAAAGUUAGGGUUUCUCCAGAAAGAAUUGCUUUUGCUGAAGGGAGGAAGAAGGCCUCUUUUGCAGUCUCAUUUGAUGGUGGAAAUGCCUCGAAAGGUUAUAACUUUGGAGCUAUACUGUGGUCUGAUGGGUCUCAUAUAGUUCGGUUAGUCUUUGCCGUGAAUGUCGAAUGAUAAUUGUUUUGUAUAUUAGUUGACUUUUCCAAGUUUUUUCUGAUAGUGAACUUACCAAACUCCUACUCUGUAAUUGACUUAAUGUGAAUUUAAUUAAUCUUGUUUAUCUAA